AUGUACUCGAAAAUCUUGAUUCUAGUUGGCAUUCUCGCCGCAGGUAUUGCGUCCGCCGAUGUACCGCUCUCCGUCGAGCACGAUGUCACCUACGCAUUGGCAGAAUCUGUCGGAAUCUCCAGCACUCGUAGCCUGAGAGCCAUGACCGAACAGACCGCGAUGAGUGUCACGGCGUCGUCCGUGUGCGACACUAUGUCUGAAAAAAGCGGUGGGCUUUUGGACUUGCUCGUCUUGCUGGAUCUUACUCUGAUUGGUGCCACAGAUGCUAAAGAUUUCCAAGCGUGCUGCAACGCGUGCGUGGACUCCGAUAUUUGCAUUGCGUUCAACUUCCGACUACUGGACAUCAACGCUUGCUUGCUGAUAGGUUCUUUAUCGGGCCGAACGGGAAGCCUUCUCAGCUUGCAGGCUGCUUUGAACAUACUGUAA